AUGGAUCCUGUGCGUUCCGGAGGCCGUCUGCCCAUGCCCCCUUCGUCGACGACUACGACUCUGCCUAGCAUGCACGCCAAUCUGCUCGGUCGUCCGAGCAGCGCUCAGGACGUUCUCCAGGCUCCUCCACCUCCUCCCAGCUGGCAUUCCAGCUCUCGGGACAAUGCGCCUGCCCCCUCUGGUGGCAACAACACCAACUCGAGCUCAGACGCGCCCUCACAAUCUUAUGGAGGCGCUUACUCAACUGGCGGCGGUUUUGACGGCUACUUGCAACACAUGUCGUCUUCUUCAGACUUGCUCUCUGGCUCGUCCAACGCGUCUGCAGACAUUAAUAGGGGUCCCAAAAAGCGUCAGCGUGAUGAUGGGGAGGAGGCUGAUCCGGCCACGGAAGGCAAAUACGGUCCCUCGCCUGCUCGUAUCGCUGAGCUCACUGCAGGGUUUCCGACCCCACCAGCGUCAAAUGGACCUCCUCAGCUCAUUACAACCGGCCGUAUGACAAAGACGCACGCAGAUCCGCUUAUUGCCCAGCUCAUCAAUCCCGACGGUACACCCAAGCGUCCGAUGAACGCAUUCAUGAUUUUCGCCCGCAAGCGUCGCCCAGAGGUCGCCGCUGACAAUCCAAACUUGCGCACUGGCGAGAUUUCAAAGUUGCUCUCAGCAGAGUGGAAGUCGAUUGACAGCGAGUCGAAGCAGUUCUAUCUCACAAAGGCAAAAGAGCUCAAAGAGAACUUUACGAGCAUCUUCCCUACCUAUGUGUACAAACGACGGCCCAACAACUCUCGCAAGCGCCGCAAGACGGAAGACAAUGGAUACGGACCACCUGGUGCUAUGAGUGCAAUCGAUAGGGGCGAAGGAGGUCUGAGCGAGGACGAAGGUGAUGGAACGCCGCCCGGCUCCAUGAGCCCUAGCAUUGCCCACCCCGGACACCCUAUGGGAGGUAUGCCAGGUAUGCCCAUGGGUGGUCACAACGUUCCCCGAAGGCCAGGAGAUCCGACCUCUAUGCAUCUCCCCCAUCAACAGCAUCAUGGCAUCGUACCACCGCCUGCUCAUGACCUUCCGGGCCCGUACAGCCUUCACGGACCUCCUUACCCAUCUCACCGCGCCCCAAGCUCAAAUACACAGGUCUACUAUGACCCAGGACCCGGCGGACAGUCAUCGAGCUCCAGAAGCAGCGGUGGAGCAGGGGGUAGCAGUGGUGGAGGUAGCAACAUGUGGCCCUCUUUGGACUCUAAACAGCGAGCUUUGGUUCUCAUUCAUCUCCGUUUUGUCCCCCCAGCAGGCGGAAACACUGGUCCUCCUAGCCAAAACGGUUCCGGCAACAUGAGAAACGGCACCUCGAGUAGCAGCUACAACUUCUCGAUCCCAUCACCAAACUUUGGUCCAGGUCCCGGUCUACCUCCGUUGGGCAGAGGCGGUCCUGGCGGCCAAGGUAAUUCCAGUGCGAACUCCGCCAACCAGACGCCGCUGCUCGGUCCUGGAAGCGGUACGAUGCUCCCUCCACCGACCACGAGCAGUAUCUACUCGAAUCACGGUUACGGGGGCUCUAGUCACUCGCUCAACUCUGCGCACGGAGGUGGGCACGGGCAUGCACAUUCUGGAUCAUCCUACCACGACAACUCGUGGCCGCGUACGAAUCAGUCCCCGUCAUCGUCGGCCCUCAAUCUCAACGGACCCUCUUCGAGCUCCUCGUCCAAUGUAGGAUCCGGUGGCCAGUCUGGCCCCGAUAGACAAUCUUCGUCGCGCUCACGAGCCGAUUCGCUUGGCGGAUCGAAUGCACCCAACAAUUCGUCGAGCUCUUGGAACAUGUGA